UUUAGUCGGCUCGGUCGCACUGCUUGGUUAGGGUGCGGGAGCGAGAUUGGAUAACGUGUCGUUUGGCCGGUACCAAUACUGACGCAGAGACGGUCUCUCGUUCCGUCACGCAAGAGGAUGUGUGUUUAAAGUUUAGUUAGGCACUUCAGUCGAAUAUUGUUUGAAAGCCAAAUAGUAGUUAUUCCCCUCUGCAAACAGCCACAUCUUGUUAUUCCGGAGAGGCAGGCAGACAAAGUUUGUACAACAUUAUAAUAUAUAAACAUAAUAUAAUAAUAAAGCCCUCGCGCGCGCGAGCUGACGCUUUUUCCUCGGGAAUCGGAGUGUGCUGUUCUGGGAUUUUGGAGACAUUUUCACGGGAUUUUCCACACGCGUGCAGGGCAAAAUAUUUGCUUGAUUUUUGGCGUGAAAAUUGGAGGACACGGGCGGCCCCCCCACAAACGAAGAAACGUGAGUGAGCGAACAGAUCCGCGAGUGGAGGACUCCCAUUGUUCCGCGUUGGGAGGCGGGAAUCGAAAGUGAGCUUUGACGCGUUUCGGUGUGCUCCCCGGGACACGGAUCGUUUCGGCAUAUGUGAAAUAUACCACUCGCUGCUAGUAGUUGUAGUGGUUUCGUUUUAACAGGGGAGCAAAUUUCGGACACAGAUACAGCCGAAAAUAGCCCGUUCCGUCACGCACGACGCAUCGUACGCACGUUCGCGGGAGAAAAUAUACAUCGAGUCCUUCGAGACUCUGCUUGCUUGCUUGCCGGAGAGUCCUUCAGAGAUAGUGCUGGAUCGAAGCCUCGCAGUAGAGCCAGAGAGAGCCACGGACUGAAGCGCACAUAUUUGCCUUUUCAAUCAGUAAAACGACACUGGUGUUUGGGUUGCAACGAGUCAACAUUGGACCGAGCUAAGGGAAGGAGCCACGACGACGACGACAACGACGUUGGUUUGCUCUGGCAUCCAAAAGCGGAAAACGCUUAAGCCUUAAUCCUCAAGAGUGUGACGACGUCGAUGACGAACCUGUUGAAACUCCCCCCGGGAUUCGAAGUGUGUGUAUACGCUGUUUGCUAGUCGCCUGACGGCAGAAGGUCCAAGGCACCAAGGCAGUUAAGUUUUUGUGUCCACACAAAGCUCGGUGGCGCUUGUCCGAAAAGGAGUCGCCUCUCGCCGUGUGACGAGGUCCGGAGAGUGGAGUUGUUUGUGUUUACUAUUGAAUUUUAAACAGAGUUCUUCCCGGGAAGUGUGUAUCCUGACUGGCGAGGCCCCCAAAAUCGAAGGAAUAUAUCCGGAAAAAGGGGGGGUUUGUGUGAACAAAGCAAACAACGAUAUGCUCGGCGAAGAUAACAGUCAGCCUACUGUGUGAAGUGAUAAACAAUUUAGUGAUUAAAAACGCCGGGGAGGAAUGUGAGCCGCACUCACCGCCGAGAAUUGAGCGAUUGAACGAGAUGAUUGAUCUAGUAGUGCUGGUAGACCAAAUUGUAUUCGAAAGUGAUUUUGAUUGAUUUGUUUGUGUGCACAGCUUAGUGGCCGUGGAAGACAAAGUAAAGCUUGUAGUAUUGGAGCAUUUAGGGAAGAACAAACGAUAGUAGCGAGAAGUGAGGAAUAAAAAAAAUGCAGAAACUUUAUCCGGAAACAUCGAUCAACAGUACGAGUAUGGCCGGCGGAAAUAUGAGUCCGAUGACGUCAACCUACAGUAUGAACAGCAUGGGAAUGACCGUCGGCGGUAUGUCUUCGGUAUCACCGCAGGGCGGCGGUUUCGGAGCUUCAGUUCUCGGCAAUCCGGGAAUGGGGGGCAUGGGUGCUGCUAUGAACUCAAUGUCCGGAAACUGUCUGGCGUCAGCCCCGAUCGGGUACAGCUCAAUGGGAUCACCAAUUCCCAAUAUGGGAUCGUGCAUGGGUGGCAACGGAAUGAGUUCGAUGUCGGCCAUGGGAGGAUAUUCGAGUGUAGCCGGAAGCCGAGAAAUACUCGGAGAUCCAGGCUCCCCCAAUUCAGCUGCCCUGCAGCGAGUACGAACGGAAAAACCUGCGGCCAUCUACCGACGGAAUUACACGGCUGCAAAGCCUCCAUACUCGUACAUCUCCCUGAUCACGAUGGCCAUCAAUAACAAUCCGAACCGAAUGCUUACGCUUGCUGAAAUAUAUCAAUUCAUCAUGGACCUUUUCCCGUUCUACAGGCAGAACCAGCAGCGAUGGCAGAACUCGAUCCGACACUCGCUCAGCUUCAACGACUGCUUCGUCAAAGUGCCCCGAACACCGGACAAACCGGGUAAAGGUUCCUUCUGGACGUUGCAUCCCGAUUCCGGUAACAUGUUCGAAAAUGGUUGCUACCUUCGGCGACAGAAGCGAUUCAAGGAUGAGAAAAAAGAAGUGAUCCGUUCCAUGCAUAAAAGUCCCUCGCACAGCUUGGGAGCAACCAGCCCGGACAAGAAGGACCCGCACGAUGAUCACCACCACCAUCACCACCGGGAUCCGAAGAUAUCGGCCGACACGCACGGAAUGUUGAAUGCCGCCCAUGGCAAAGAAGUGGACGCUCUGGCCAUGCUUCAUGCGACCACCGAUCUGGCAUGCUUGGCACAGCAAUCUCACCCCCAGCACAGUUCCCAUCAUCAGCAGCUCCAACAAGAGGAAUUGACCGCCAUGGUUAACCGGUGCCAUCCGUCGCUACUGGGCGACUACCACUCGAUGCACCUGAAGCAGGAACCCUCCGGCUAUACGCCCUCUAGUCACCCGUUCUCCAUCACCCGGCUGCUACCGGCCGAGUCCAAGGCCGACAUCAAGAUGUACGACAUGAGCCAAUACGCCGGCUACAACGGGCUGAGUCCACUGCAGAAUUCGCAUGCGGCCGCAGCCGCCCUCGGACAGGAUUCCUACUACCACCAGAGUCUCGGUUACCACCAUUCGUCGGCCGGUACCACCAGCUUGUGACAUCAGUAUCCGUUGGCAUAAGUGAAGCUCAAGAAUUACUACAACUGCGGCGGCACCGUCGGAGGAGGAGGAGCAAUAACCGGCGGUAUCAGCGGCAGUAUCAGCAGCAACACUCACCAAAACGCCAACAGUAGCAGCAGCAGCAUACAUCACCGACUUCACAACCAGCAGCAGCAGCAUCAUCAUCAUCAUCAACAAUUUAGCCCGGUCGAUAGCGGCGGCCAGCCUAGAUCCGAGUCCGGUCACAACUUUCAAUUCUAAACCCGUAGAGAAGAGGGAGAACCAGCAAGGUAAUAGUUUGUAAUCGAAUCCUCCUACGUUCGCGGGGAGCGAAAACAGAGCUAAAGAAAAUCCGGAAACCAUUGUGUUCGUAGCAGAGGAGAUCGGGUGGGUUCCUCGAAUCAGGGGUUUUGGGUUUCUUAAGUGGUACCACGCGCCUAGAUCGGUUCGGAGGGAAUUGCAAGUCACGUUCCGACGGGGGGAUAGGCCGGAGCGUUGAAGUGAUAGAGUAAGAUCUGCGUGUUGCUUGUUUCAUAGUUUUGGGAGCUACUGUCAGAGAGUUUGUUCAGCUGGCAGCCUACUAUUCUCUGUUUGACAGUAGUUGAAUGCAAUUUUUUCGAUGGAUUUUUGAUAGAGUGUUUCCGUCGAACGUAACAUCUGAAUUUAUUUCUAUUUAUCUUGAGAGGGAUUUAUUGUCUGUUUCCAUGGUACCGUGAACCAUUAUUAAACAAUUAUAACAAUCCGUAUAACAAAGCGUUCAGAAACCAGUUUUUCAAAAAAAUAAUUCAGUAACGAAAAAUUGAGGUACAAUUUCACAUUAGUCCAUUUUAGUCCAUUCCCUCCAUUGUACUUUGGUUAGCUAGAAAUUUUCGCUUCGAAUUCGUAUAAUAAUUAAUCAGAAUUAAUCGCUUGAACAAAUUGCUUGCCAAACUCGAUUUUUUUUUUUCAAAUUUGCUCAUCAACAAUUAUCAGCUUUCCCGAGUUGAACAACACACAUACAAUCUGUGCAAAAUGAUCAGAGUGUAAAGAUCAGAAACUAGUAAGACCAGCUCCACAUCUUGAUGCCACCAAACCAGGGCAAAUUUUUAAAAUGAUUAGCGAUGAAGAGCUAGUAUCUCAAAUUUAACUAUGUUGAACACACUUUUUAAAUCUGAUUAUUUAUCAGUAAACAAGUUAAUGAAUGAAUUUAAAGGUGCUCUUUAAAUUAUAAUUGUUUUUAAUUUCGAAUAAUUUUCGCGGCUCUACUCAUUAGCUAAACUGAGCCGUCGAUCUUUUAUAUAGUAAUAGGAUCAUUUGAGUUCAUAGUUGCUACUUACAUAGCUUACGGUCGGAUGAUAUUGUAUUUUUUUCAGUUUUUCACUUCGUCUUUGUUGGUUUGUUUGGAAGAAGCCUUCGCUGAUUGUGUUGGCAGUUGGCUUGGAGUUACUAGGCACAGCCGUGCCUAAGAUGCUUCUAGUGGUUCAGUCGACGAUGAUAAAAAUUAUCUGCUAGCUUCGGUUGUACUGGAAAACUUUUAGUAGCUUCUACGCAAGGCUUCUGUUGUACGCCGCCUGAUUACAGUACCUACACGUGAUGAUCUUGCUUUUAUACGUAGGUUGCGUGAUGUGAGAAAUGAUUGGAGGUUUUGCUUGAGUUCGUGAAGUUAGGUAGGAAGGAAUUGGUCGGCCGUUACACAUUCUUAUUUCACGCACAUCUGGGAAGAAGACGCUCCAAGUGAUCAAACCUUUCUUGACGGCGACAUAUUUGUCAUUGUCAACGUAAUCGGAGUACAUUAGUCGAGGUUGUAUUCGGCGAUGCGUCGAGGAUUCACAUGGUUGAACCGAUAUCAGUGCUGCAUUCCUUAUAUGCUGGAAGUUUAAGCUCCAUUUUUACCUUUGAUAAAUAUUCUGCCUAACAAACGGAUACGACAGUACUCAAAUUCAAAAAUCACGGUUUGGCUAGGAUUCACAUUGCAGGAAUUGGAGUUGUAGUUCCAUGCUUUUACACAAUCUACAGGCAGUCAAAAUGUGUAAAACGAGUCCAUAUUCUUUCAUUUGCGCGCUUAAAGCAUCGAAAUUCCCCACCCUAUUUCGAGCAAAGCCAUCAAUAUGGAGCACCAAUUUUUAAAUAUAAUUUCACUGCAGAUAUCUCUGUAAUGUUGCGGUGAUUGAGCACGGAUGAAGCAUUUUCUCGGAGUGUUCACGCUAGCUGUUUGAAGGCGAAGAACGAAGCAUUUUUCCAGGAGACUGUCCAUGCGGAUCGGUUAACUUAGCAGAUGAUUUAGUGAGGAAUUUAAUCCGACUGUAGUUUAGAAAAAAUAGGUUUUUUAGAAUAUUUGAUCCUUCACCAAUAAAUUUGCGUUGGUUGGAAACUUGUAAAAAACACCGCACACCCCAAUUUCCGAAAGAUUGUCAUUUGUGAAAUUCUGUGUGGGUGUAUAAAAGCAACGGACGGACCAUCUAUUCAAUAGGCGUCAUAUCAAACCCAGUAUACUGAGGAGACAAGUUUUAGGAGCUGUGACUUGGUUGGAGAUCGUUGUUUACGGUGCAUAUUAUUACAGUUGAAUUACCAGUCCAAAUGUCGUCACGACAUUCUAUUUUGGACAAGCGAAUAAAACAAAGUUGUUUUUGUGAUCUGCUUCUGUUAGAGGUUUAUACACAUUCUUUUUGCCAUUUGCUAUCGGUUUUGCUAUUUGCUACCGGUAGCGUUCAGCCAUAUAUCAAUUUUUGUUAUCACCUGACUCGUCUUUCAAUUUCUUAUAUCCCACAUAGUUUCUUUUCGACUUUUUCCCUUGUGCCGAACUCUAGGCCCGUACAGAAAUGAACUUAUCUGAAAGACUCAGCUAAUGGGUUAAAACGUCUAGAAUAAAAAAAUAAAAAGCAGCUAAUGGUUAAAAUGGAUGUCGAACAAGAUUUGUCAUCGAAGACACCGACCUCCAGUUGAAAAUCAUACAUACUGAACUCAGUCAGAUUAUAUCUAAUCUUCUUUUGGAUCAAAGCUAAUUCUCACAGAGUUCGGACACAGAAAACGUUCGAACGUUCGCCCAAAUUUGCUCAGUAUUAUGAUAUCUUAUCUAAAGCAAGCAAUUGGCAUUACUAAUGAGAAGUAUUUGAUAAAGGACAGCAGUGUCUACAUGCCCGCUCACGAUGUUGAGAUCAACGGCGUUAUCAUCGAAUUGAAAUAAUAUUUGAAGGCCGAUUCAAUAAAGUAUAUGGCCGUCUUACUGCACUGUCAUUAGCAUGCUUUUUACUGAUACGCAUACAAAAUACUGUUUUUCUCAAAAGAAGUUCUUAAAUAGAUUUUUGAAUGCUUAUUAAUAAUAGUGAAGCAUGCAAAAUGCUAAUACACUGCAAGAAACUUCGAACAAUCUAACUUAUAUGGUGCUUUACAGCAUAUGCUCGAUGCUUGGUGGUUACCUGGGUUAGAAAUGCUGGAAGGCGUGCCUAUCGUUGGGAAAGUCCACGAGAUCUAUUACAAUGCUCUGCGUAAGAAAAGUGCCCGGCGACUCUGAAGCGAUCUCUUAAAAGACGCUUCGAAGCAUUUUUUUUGUAGAACAACGAAAGAGAGCCACACCAUUCACCACGAUAUGAAAUAUUAUGAUAUCUUGGGUCAGGAAGAGUGUGACUCUGACAUCACCCUGUUAACUGCACCCCAAAAACUAUAGGCAGAUCAGAUGCUUUGAGAAGGCCAAAAUUUUUCUCAUGGCUGGGCAGAACGGUCACCAAAUAUAACAGCUGGAGCAAGCACUGUUACAAAGUCUAAGAAUUCUAGACCAAACUGGGAGUACCCUAACUUUCUAGGAACACAAAAAAAACCUCAAGUGGCUCAAAAUUUCAACCGGAGAUUCAACUCAGCACAGGACUUAGUGGGCUUAGGUUGAUUACCGGCCACUUUGUGUUAUUGUGGAGCUCCUCCCGGCUUGGAGGAGAUUUCAAUUCCCACGGUAUGGCAUGGAGUUGUCUUCUCGAUUUCUUUUUGUCCAUUAUAGAAACUUGAGUCGUCUCUUUUUUCGGGUUAAAAAAUUUGUAGAAAGAUGUGGAAAAAACCAAAGUGAGGGGUUGGGAAUCGAACCCUGGUGAGCUUCAGGUAAUCGAUUAACCGAUUAUGCUGGUCACGUCUUGUCUUCUCGAUGAUAAUCGAUCUAGCUAACUUCACGAUCUUUGCUAUAGCUGGUCCGUCCCAUUUAUAUUUCUAUAAAGUUGAGAAAACGGGCGAAAAAGUUUGCAAGAUUUAUUCCAGAACAACACCAUUUAUUGGGAAUAAAUCUGGUUGGGACUAACAGCGUGGCCGUCUUCUGGCUCUUCUAGUGUAUACAUUGGCUUCCGUUUUCAACUCGACUUGCGAACAAUAAUUUAGCGUGUACCUGAAAAUGGUACACUGAUUUUCCCUGAUUUCCAUUAUUAAAAAGUAGUUCAAGAUUUCAGAGUUCCCUUUAGGGUUGCUAUUUAAUAGAAUCAAGUAUUUCUAGCUCAAUCAUCAGCGUUGAUAAAUAAACCAAAGAUCAGAUGUCCUAAAUAACUUCCUUGAGUGAACCGGAUAAUUUUUUCUUCGGAUUCUGAAGUUCUUUUUGCUUGGAACGACGUAGCCCUGCUUAACUAGUCAUCUGAAGAAAUCCUGCUCUUUAUUUUAACCUAAAACAUGUUAAAAAUUAUGAUGGAAUCCUCAUGAUUCUAAUUAAAUCCAGCCAAGAUGAAAAACUAAUAUGUAAAAAAUUGCUUAACUGAACGUUAUCAGUAACCAGUUCCCCAUAUCCACUUUCAUCAGGUAAAUAGUGACCUGAUGAAAGUGGAUAUGAGGAACUUUCGUAACACGAGACCCUAUAUUUCUUGGAACAAAAGAACAAAUGUUUCACCUCGCGAACCGAAGGACAGAUAUUGGAAUACUUCAAGUCUAUCGCUGCCGUGUAGGUUGGUUUAAAACAAGAUCAUUUGGAAUGACUCUGAAGCUGUUAGUUAUAGUGAAUUCAUGACAAGAAAAUGCCUCUUCUUUUCAAAGAAUCGGCUUCAUAAUUCAUUCACCUUGAAGUGAGAUGCGAAAGUUUUUUCUCGUAUAGUAUGCAAUUCACUUUCAAUAUUUUUGUAUAGUUUAAAAUGUUUUACAAUAUUGCUACCAUUAUUGAAAUACGACAUUCAACUUUCUCAAUCCUCCUCCUGAUCUUCCAAAUAAAACUCAUGAUCACUUCCAACCCGCCCUAAUGGAGCGCGGGAAAUACUUACGACUACGCACCGAGCGCGAUGUUUGCAGAAUUUAGUGGAGAAUAUCGCGCGUAAGUCGAAAGCCACUACCACUAGCACGAAUCGAAUCACUAUUAACACAAUCGGCCAAACUAACUAUAUUUCUAUCAUAAACGUUGAAUUUGCUUUCAUAAACAGCUCAUAAAAAUAACAAACUGACUUACAGCAGUGUUGCCAGUCGUUUACGAGUAGGGAGAUAAUUUGUGAAUCAAUUUCGUUUGUUAACAUCUGCAAACCCAUGUAAUUAUAGUUAAGAUUCUCCUAAAUGUUUUUAGACAUUUUCGGGAGUUAGUAGCUUGAUUGAAUUCGUAAGAAAUACCAAAAAUACUCUUCGAGUAUCGCAGGAUUUUCUGAGUUUCGUAUAAAUUUUCUGGAAUGUCUCUAGUCUAUAGGAUUCCUCAUAUUUUUAGAGGAUCGUAGGACAUCCUGGAAGCUUGGAAAUUCGGAACAUUUCCGCUUUCUGCUUGAAGUAUGUGGUCACUUAUGAAUGUUCGUAGGGCUUACUUUGAGCUCGUAAGAAAUCUCCCACAAAGCCCAGACUUUUUUGAGUUUUGUAGAGAUUCUCCAACAAUCGCAUGAGUAGGAUUCAGGUGUGUGUGGAAGAAAAUCUUGUUCAAAUUUGUGCAGUUACUGAAACCAACUCUAAAAACUUUGAACAUGUUCGAAGAAGUUGUUAGGAUAUCUGUAUUGAGUUAUCUAUCUAUAUUUAUAUCCGGAAAUUCAAUAUUGAAUUUUUUACACCAAUACGAACCAAUACAACUAGGUAAGGGCUCUCGAUUUUAAUAAUUGUUCAUUAGAAGACUAAACCUAUAUUUUGGAAAUACAACUUGUGAACUUAUCAUCUGUUUGUGGAAUUUAAGGUAGUCCAUGAUUGAGUGCAAUAAAAUCAGUUGUGGUCUCAGCUAAUGUUUGAACUUGACUUCCCGACAAAUUGAAUAGUUUAGGUUAAAAACAAGCUACAUCUUUGGCUAUUAAACAUCCGACUCGUCUGUGACGCUUGCUGUACUGAAGCUGAGCGAUGCACUUUCUGGUUUGUUGUUGAAGAGUGAUUGAAAGUACGAUGCCAAGAACAGCUGUGCGAAAGGAACACAACUACCAUUAAAAGAUCCCGCAUGCUUCUUGGUUUCUGGGUGACUUAGACACCAUUGUAGUCGACCGUAGAGCAGUGGAAGAGGUUUUUUUGCCUUGGUUUUUCUGCCAAUAUCGGUCUGAGUAUAAACUCUGGUAAAAUAAAAUAAAUUGUAGUUGAUAGAGAACCAGAUCGCCAGCACGGUGUUAGUUCCGAGAUAGAAAUUGACGCGGCAACAGGUUGUCCACGCGUUCAUAUAUCUUGGAAGACUAGUGACAUUAGUGACAGUCGUGGGAAAAAAGCGGAUUGCUGCUGUAAAUGACAUCUUCUACGAUUUACGUAUUCAACUAAAGUCCCGCAGCCUAUGGCCACACACAAAACUCUUUUCAUACAUAUCGCUGAUACUCCCUGUUGCUCUAUUCAGAUAUGAGGUGCGGUCGUUGACGGAAAUUGAUUAUCAACUGGUAUGCAAACAUGAAAGGCUUAUAAAGUACAGCAGACUACAAAUAACCGGGUAUGUAGCUAGUUUGCAGGAAAAGAAAACAACUAAUGUUCUGUUCAGUUGUGAACCUGGAUGUCGUUGGUGCAGAUCCCGCACUCGAGAAAUAGGUGAGCCUUUUUCGCUCAAAAUUGGAACAUAGCCUUAGGCAAGAAUGUCAUGCCAACGAAACGAUGAUUGGAUUUCUUCAAACAAGUUUUUUUCGAGCACGCGAAGUAGUUCGACGAAAUAAGCUUUAGAAAGGUAUGCCAGUACUCCGUUUAUAUGCAGAAAAUUGUGCGUGACAUGUCUCCGCGGAAUUACAUAAUUUACUCCCAUUUAACGAUGAAUUCCCAGAUGCACUAGUGUCAUGCGAAAAUAAUGGUCUUGACAGAAUCAAACUCAAUUUUUGAAGUAUCUGAUGAUCCGACAAAGAGUCGAUAGUUGAAUUCAUACAACUGAUUCCUGCAGAAAGGCAUUGGUCCACGCGACAGGAGAUAUGUAACAUUGUUACUCAUAUAUAACCAGCAUUCGACCACAAUUUGUAUCGGCCGAUUGCAUUACACUACACCCAGACAAUUGGACGAAGGUAAACGGCUUGUUAUCAAAAUUCAAUUUGCCUUUCGCAACGGGAAGGGUACAAAUGAUUUUCCUACGCUGUUUUCGGCGAAAAUUCAACUAGCAUACGCAAUAAAGAGCGACUGGUUUGUGUAUUCGUGGCCAAUAAAGGACCAUACGAUUCUGUAGCAAUUGUUAUCUGGAAUAAACUUCACCGUUAGUUCUAAGUAACUAUUCGUAUAAGUUCGUACAAUUUUAAAUAACUAUUUGUAUAAAUUGUUGUUUCCAAAAGCCGUGCUUUCUGUCACAGAGCUACAGAUUUGCGAAAAACAAUGCAAGGUAUAUUUGAACAUUUUUGAACUCUGGCCGGAAAUUCGCGUAUCGAGUUCCCCAAGAAGGAAAUUGAGCUGGUUUUCAAUGAAGCAUGGUCCAGCUUAACUUCAACUUCUAAUAAAGGAUAGAAUGAUCGCUGAAGUUUCGCAUUUAAGUACCCGAAGUGUAGUUCGAUUCAUAAUGCAUUUGAAAAAGAUACAUCCGGAUCCGAUAUCGUUGGACUAAAUGUCAGCAAGGAAUUAAUUUUAUUCGCGCAUUAAUUUGAUCUUGGCAUGGUGUUUACCUAUGAAACUUAAAAAGAUUGUCUCAAAUAACUAUAUUCUCUGUAACUCAGUAUGGGAGCUGUGUUUCGGUUCAGCCACAAACACUUAUAUUAUCAACGUGGAACGAAUACACGAAUACGAAAUCGAAUUCUGAGAUAUCCCUUCAGCCAUGUGCGCAAAGUAUUAAUUCCUUUACGUGUGUUUCUCUCACAUUCAGAUUACACGUUCUGCAUAGAAUACACGUCCAUGGAAGAGAAUUUUCGCAGGAGUCCGCAUCAUCUACGUUCGCUGGUUAUACACACUAUGCACAUCUCUUUCGUAUUAGAAUCACUGAUAGUGAAAUAUGCGUGUAUGACAAGAGUUACCAAGACAUCGAGCAUGUUGUUUGGUCAUAAGAUUCCUUAAAUGUCCGAGCUAGAUCACUCAGUGUCCAUAUUCGUGAUAUCUUGGUCGGCCGGGAUCUGCCAUUCAUGUCGCUGAUUGUUUUCUAAAGAUCACAAAUAUGCUGAUGUGAGUUCUUCCUAAAGUCAAUUAUUUCUCAGAAAUUGAACCUCCAUAUUUUCGUUUUCUCGCAUAUACCAGCUAUUGAGAUUCUGCAGCACAGCUGUACGGCCCUUUAACCUAUAAAACAGAGUCGUUGUUAGUUCUUUUAUGUUUAAAGUAUAAUAUGCAAAUCAAAUCAGGAAGUGACUUUUUUUAAUUAUUCGCGAUAAUACAUAGAAAUGUAACUGACCUUAUAGAGAGAAUAUUUUAACCAUACUUAUGUUGUUUCAUAACUUGAUAAUUCAAAUGUAAACAGAAAAACUGAUUAAUACACUCAGGUUUUUUUACGCGGUUUUUACGCGUAUUUUGAAAUUUGUGCGGUUUUCAUUUACGCGGAUCUUGAAAUUUACGCGGUUUUCAUUUAUGCGGCCUGUAUCUGAGUGAAUUCCAAAGACAAAAUAUCAACUAUUUCCUGAUCUAAAACUGAAAAGUAUUAACCCUCCGGCACUCGCGUCGUUGUAUUUUGUGCGAAACUCUAACGAAAUUUUCUUCCUUGCUCAUUCGGGGAGCCAUUCGCGCGAGUGCCGGUGGGUUAAGUGAAGUUGCUGAAAAAACGCCCCAGGGCUCCAAUUCAGCUUUUUAUUAACACGAGAAAGUUAAAAACUAAAUCCAAGAUAACAAAACGCUACAUCAAUUGGGAUUGAAAAAGAAUCCAAAUUUACGUUAAAAAUUGGAUUCUGGCGGGUAAACUCAAAAUCUACGGAUCUGACCUCAUUCAAAAGUGGCCACACUGUUCCCGAAUGUUUGUUGCAAGUCAGCUUUGUCGCAUGUUUCCUCAUCCAUCACACAGCUACUGUAUCUUGUCAACAUUUCCGCCUAAACUUUCCUAGAGCGAGUCUUGGCAACAAAUGGCUGUUAUUCAUCGUAGUUUAAGAAGUUUUGAACCUUGUAUGUACGUAAUUUUGCUCUUGGCCUUCUGAACGUAAAUUUGAGAAACAACAUCCUUUUUGGAAACAUUACGCUUCGAAAUGUUGGGAUUUCCGAUGAAAUUAUCUUUAUCCUUUCACUUGCUGCUACCAGGUUUCUACCAGUAGAUUUUCAGUAUUUUUCUCGAAGCUAUAUGUAAGUAACAAUAUUGACAAAUAACAGUUCUCUAGAUGUUAUGUAAAGCUCCGCAGCAAAGUGGGAAUACCCUUCUGUUGAAAAAGAGGAGCUUGGUGAUUUGAAAUAUUGCCACGCUUUUCCUUCUUUUUGUCAUGUGGAACAUCGGCUGAAGGUAAAAAUUGAGAUUUAUCUCAAGGUACAGUUCCAUCAUGCACGAAAUGCUGUACUGAUAACUCGAGUAAGGAAGCUUUAUUUUGCUUAACGAUCUGCAGCGUGUCGUUCGACUAUUUGUUAUGUCAACGCGUACUUUCGAUAAGUAGCAUCGUGUCGAAAUACGGAAAGGUUAAGUUUGUAACUUGUCGGCAUUUCUUCAGUCGGUUUUUUUUCCAACCGGCUCAGCUGCUUCCAAUCACGAUGCAUUGUCAGUUCUCAGAUAACAUUAGGUACGUAUGAAGGCCAGAUUCCCAUGUGCCAGUUUUGUUGUCAGACGGAACACUUCGGAAAAUCUCACACAGAAGCCGCUUUAUAGUAAUCUACUGUAUUAUCAGCUAAAACACGAAUGGUUGAUCAAUCAGUAGGUUUUUUUCGUGUUUUGUUAUAUUAGGGCCGAUUUCUUCACUCUUGCUUAACUUUUAAACCAGGUUCACCAGUACGUUUAAACCUGGCUUGAACGCUAAGCGAGGGUGAAGAAAUCGCUUUUAGAGUGUUUAAAAAUGUUAUGAAUUUUGACAUUAGCUUCUUGAUGAGGACAGAUUAAUUUGUACCGUAUCUGGAGCUAGGAACUAUCGCCAGGUAGAACAUUUCAAUAAAUCUUUUCUAGCGAUGAAACAAAUUUAGUAACUUCGUUUUCCGCGAUCAAACUCCUAACAAGCAGCAGAAAAUAAACAAUGCAGCAAACUGUCACGCCCGACAACAGCAAUCUACAGCCCACUCAUCCGGCUCACAGCCACGCACACUUCAAUCGACAAGAACCAUCUCCGUCAUCGUCAGCUACUCGGCCCAUCUGAAUAAAUAUUCAUAAGUCCCGAAAAACUUUGCCACACUCCAUCAUCCAAUUCAUAUCUCGACUGCUCAAUAGCCACCAUAGUCCGACUGACAUUGUUAGUCCAACCUCGCGCACUUGUGGGCACGCUUCGCGCGAUCGCCGUUUACCUAAGGUCGAAGGCCACUCUCGAAUAGGGCCUCGAGCUCGAAUGGCUGCAUGCCAGUAUGUACUUGAUCACGUCAAAAGCGGCCAUAUAAAUGGGUAAAUGGGUUUUCGGGUGGGAGUUUCUCUAGGAUCACACUAUACUCGAGCAGAGAUGCGAUAGCGAUCGGAGGGUUUGUGUUUCCGGAAGUGCACAGAAAAAGGGAAAGUAAACUCCCGAAAAGGGUCCGGUCCGUAGCUAUUCAUUGGUGUGAUAGGAUUGUCAGAAAAAAUUCGUCAUUUUUCUCGUCAACGAAGAAACACUGACCAACUAGAACCUCUGUGCGAAAAAAACAACAAGUGCGUCUUUCAAGAGGGCUACUGAACAUCUUAAAGCACUUUGAGCGGUAGGUUUUAAAUUGAUUCUCUCUCAUCUCUGCCAUUCCAUUAAAAUGAUGUGUAAAAGGUGCUAGUUUCGAGCUAGACACACACUUCAUCUCGGAAGGUACAUCAACUCCCCUUAACCCAACCACUCCCGUCCAUCGUAAACCGACAAGAUCGUGGAUUGCAGUAACCGCGCUCAAUUGAGGUCACUGGCGGUAGGUUCAGUUCGGUUGACGGUCAUCAGGGUGGUACCCCCUUUCCGGAUAUACUACCAACAACGGUUCAGGAACUGUGUCCUACUACCACCCUACGCGUGAAGACGAAUGACCGACCGACCAACCGACCGUCCGUCCGUCCGAAAACGCAACCUAAUGAGGAAUUACCAUAAAGCAAUUGCUGCAUGCUGCCGAGAGGUCUUAUGACUACGCAUGAAUGAGCAGCCAGUGGCAGCGACCGGCACCGUGGAGGUGGUGGAGGUGUGUUACGAAAAAAAAUCUACUUCUUGAAUGAGUCGUUUGUAUAGCUGGGCAGACCACAGCAGACAGAAGCAACUACUCAUCGAUAAAUUCUCCGCCGUCAACCUACCGGAGAAGAGUCACUCGAGAGUCACCGUGCGCUGGUCGGACAGAACACAGAAGUGAGUUCGGAGCUUGGCGAACUGCUCUUCAGUUUUUUUUUGUUUCUGUUUUCGGUGACAUGAAACUGGUUUUGCUGCUUGUGCCAUUUUAGUGUAUGUGCGCGGGUGGAAAAUGUUCGGCUUUCUCGUUUUUUUUUCGGAACACAAUCCAUUUGUUUUGCCGAAUGGAUCAUAAUAUUACUGUUAUUAAGCAAAAACCGGAAGUUUCUAUCUCUUUCUGUUUGACAUGCCAAACGGUUUGAGUUACAAAAUUUCAUUCGACCCGUUUGGCCGAUAAGGUACAGCGGAGCGUAAAUAAAACGCAUCAACAUAAACAACAGUACACUCACUGUACCAAAACCGUAGCGUUAAAUCGAAUGAUAUUCUUGUUGGCCUGGCCCUUUAACAAUUGGCAGUUGUGUUUUGGAUGACUGCCAUUUGAUUUUUGUUGCAAUCAACUUUUCGUCUUUGUAUGCAAACAUCAAAUGAUAGGCAUACAAAAGAUAAAAGCAAAAGUUGUAAAAUUCGAAAUAGCAAUCAUUCUGUUUUGAAAUGUCAUCAUUUAUUUUUCAACAACUAAAACGUCACAUUCGAUCAGAUAGUCUCAUGUUUAAUUUAUAUAGCAAAUAAGAAAAUCGAACUACUCCAAAUAUUUUUUCGCAUGCAUGUCAUCAAAAAAUUGAAUGAAAGUUGCUCGAACAGCAAGUCGAUAGUUUUUUGGUUUUAGGUAGACCAUCAGUUCAAAGGAAUUUGUUUUUAUAUACUUCGUGAUGAAAUUGAUGCAAACGAAUAUUAUUUUAAUUGGUUUAUUUAAGAACUAUUGGCUAUUAUAAUAAACUUUUGAAAACAUCUCUAAAUAGUAUCUAAUAGCUUCUUUUCGGUGAGUUUGUAUUUAAACAAUUCCCCUUAAGUAGGACACACAUAUUAUCGCAGCCUAGAUUUUACAAAUUCGUAUCCAUAAACACAAAUCAAAUGCUUAAAACUUGCUACCGUACUAUAAAAAGAUGGUUUUUGCAUUCCAAAUUUUGCUUAGUAUAGUUGCCAAUCAUAAUGAAUCGAGUCGCGACACUGCACCUUGUAGCUUUAGCAUAAUUUAUGUUACUGAAUGAAGUCAGCUGCUGACUGACCUUUAGCUAUUCAUUUGAAUGCGAUUCUAUUAAAUUUAUUAAAGUUAAAUCCCAUGCUACACUUAUUUGUUGUCGGUUAUUAAUCAAAUGUAAGAUAUAUCUAACGCAAUCAAACGAAAUAAAAUAGUAACAAUUUUUUAAAUAAGAUUAUAAUGAAUUUGAAACAAAUUCACAACUCCCUUUAUAAUUUCCUCUAUUUUUACGUUUGACAGAUGGGUUCUUUUCAAAUGUUUGGCUAGAUAUGGUAUACAAAUACUACAUUUUUAGUUCAAAUCUGUUUAAAUAGUAAAUAGUCUGAGGUGAUACCCGGUUCCGUUGCUCCCUUCAGUAUAGUUCGUUUGUUCUCCUCUUAGGUUAUUACGGAAAGAAGUUACGGAAGUUUGCGGCAUCCGAUUUGCUCUAUUUUAUUGAGAUGCGUGGUAUUAGAAGAAUCCUGAUGGACGGCUUUGAACAAAGAGAAACAAUAUUGAUCACAAUAUAUACGCGAACGGAGGUCUUAAGGAGGUGGAAUGUACGUAAUGUUUCAAAGGUUUUCUUCCAUUUAAUUCCACUAUUAAACAUAGUGGAAUUAAAUGGAAGAAAACCUUUGAAACAUUAAUAUUGAUCAAUGAUACUCCAUAUAAUUAUCACAGAUCCUAGCUGUCGAAAUCGUACAAGGAUAUAUCUUCACAUUCAACGAGAAUUUAAAAAGAUGCUACCCGUAGGAUGCAUCCAGUCAGUCGAGAUUUAGCGUAGUUUGGAUUUACUUCAUUUCCAACCAAGUAUUUUUUUGAAAAUUACUCUUGGUAAUAAGAGACGGCAAUUCAUAGGUACACCUAAAACUGUAUGGCUGUGCGAUGAUGUCGUAUUUGAUACCAUCGUAUAUAUAAGAAAAACAUCCGUCUUCUCAAGCUUAAAUAAAUCCAGGACAUUGUCGUUUGGAAGUUGAUUAAUAUAUAGGAACUCAACGGUUUGUUACUUUUUCUAUAAAAAUGGACAAAUUGAUACGAGCCGCUGAUAUUUGAAAAUUGCUGUUCGAUUGGAUCAAUACUACGUUUUAGUCACAUUCGUUUCGGAGAACCUAUUACGCCAAGCUCUUUGAAUAGAGGAAAUAUGCUAGCGGAGCAUGUCUGCUUCCAUUCACGAACAAUAGAUACAAAGUUGGCCACAUCUAGCGAGUCAUAGCUGUAGGUAUAAUUUGUCCACUGGUCUACCAACUUCUUCGGUCAGGGUUUCAUUGGUUUCGAAUUCAUCGGAGCUUUUCAAAGUUAAGAACUUAUAUGUCGUUGGUGCAGGAGACGCCAAUUGCUAAAGGUUUAUUCAAAAUGGUCUCCACGGGAAUGCGCUGUUUUCAAAUAUCCAAUCAAAUCUUGUUUGGAAAUCCGGACGUCUUGUACAGUGUGUAAUUUUACUAAAUUUUUGAUUGUCUUUGAACAUUAUUAGUUUCUUAUUCGAGGGACAUGUGCAAUUUCUUUUUCUCACUAUUAUCACCGAACAUGCCAUGAUCUUUUACUUUGUUGGCACACGAACAUCAGGACCACAUUGAGCUAUGCGGAGGCAUGGGAGCUAUACUUCUUAAAUCCCUCUCCUCGCGACAGUGAUUCGGAAUAUAUUGGGUUAAAUAUAUAUGGCAUAUGGCACGUUCCGUAUGUAGCGGCGGCAACAGUCCAGCCGGCGCGGUCAUCGGGAUAGAACCAAAUUCGAUCGCAUAUCGGUUCCUCAUGUGGCAUAUCCUGCAACUCCCGAAUGUGCAAAAAUUCAGUGUAUUGAUUGCGGGACUGAGACCGCCUUGAAAACAAGAAUCGAGCAGGCCCGUGAAAAUUUUCCAGACUUUUGGGUUGCCACACGUAACUACUCGUUGUGGAAGCCAUAUACCUCCGUAAUAUUUCGGAACCAGUAGUUCCCAAUGAUAUCCAUUGUGCUCUUACUGGGAUAUCAAAACUUAAUGGCCAUUUCGGCGUCACAAUUGAUGUAGGCACCAAUUAACAGAGUUGGCAUCCGAUGAACGCUGUCCUAUUCUAAAAUGAUUAACCAGAUCGUGAAACUGACCGUGUACAAACCUUUGCCAAACAUUUUACCUCUUGUCUUUUUGACACCUUAUCCAAUACUUCGUUCGCCUCGUCUUUCACAGUUGUUUGCUUUUUGCAAUUCCAAGACCGUCGCGGAUGAUUUCCUGUAUGCUCUCAAGACCCCCAUGCCAGUGAUAUUGUCCGAAAAUGGGCACAAAUAAAUCGUUUGAACUGGAUGUAUUUUUCCAGUAAACACUAUUAACAAUAUUUGUUAUUUUUCUUGACCUGAAAAACAGUUUACACUACCAGGUUAUCGUUAACACUAAUAAAAUUACAAAUAUUUUUUUGCUCUCGUGAACGGAUGUGGUUUUAGUAAAUGCUGUUACUAGUAAAGAGAAAAAAAAACUAAGAAAUACUUCUCCCAAUCGCAUUGCGCGCAUCAAAUGAUUGUCAUUUGGUUCAGCCCGAGCACUGAAAACAGAUGAAAUACGAAUGAUGAACUGCUGUGAUUUGGAAUAAUGAUUAUCAACGCCAUCGUUUACUUUUUCGAGUGCAAUCAAUUCCUUUACAGUUAAGUUUAUCAUUUGAAAAUCGACAACCUGUUCAUUCCAAUUCAAAUAUGAAGUCAUUCGAUCUUGAAUUUACUAUUUUUUAAAUGAUUGCCAUUCGAAAUCGUCAACAUCGAGUUUUUAGGCCGUUCAUAUGAUAAAUCAUACGCUAUAUUGGAAUCAUUUUUGUUCAAUGUAGGCGUGUGUUCAGCGCAAUGAAUUGAAAUGUUCAUGGUCAUCGGAAUGUCAAGAGGAAGUUCAAUCCUAACAAAUUAUCAUAAAUUCAUUAAAAUGAGCUGUUUCAUUUGUGAAUUGAUUGUUUUAAAAUGAUUAAAUGUAACACUAAUUAGUUCACAGGAAAGUGUGAAUCACAAAGCUUUUAUUUUACUGAUUCUCGCUAGUGAGCAAAUUGGGUUAAACCGAAGUGGCCUACUUAUCAGAAAGACUGACAUCUCUCUCUCUCCUUCUUCCUCCAUACAGAAGGUUCAGCGACUCUAUUAGGCGAAGGUAGGAAGCUUAAUGUGUGCGUACACAUCACUGUGGAAAGUACCACCUUUACCGGAGAAAGGUUACUGUUCCCAGAUUCUGGAUAAAAUUGGAAGUCAUCUAUGGUCUUCGGUUAAGUCCAAAUUUGCGAAUAUAGGUGCACCAAGUCAGUCUAUUAGCUACUGACAAGAAGAAUACUAAGCACAAAAUAUUACUUUUUAUUUUACUUUUUAAUGGGAGAAGCUGCAACAUGUUUGGUUAUUUUGUGUGUCAAAAGUGCUAAUUUUGUUACUGGUUUAGAUACAUCAUCUAACUAGACACCCAGUUGGUGCUAGUUACUGACGAGAUGAAUUCUAAACGCCAAAAUCAAGCUUCAUUCUGUUAGUGAGUUUACCUCAGCGGUAGAUUUGAUUCUGAAUUCAUAUAUAGGGAUUUUGCCGGUAUAUUUUUCCGAUCUAAUGAGAUUUAGGGGCGUAGAACAUCCCUAUUGCGCUAACAAAAAUUUGAACAAGGGUCCCGAGCAAACGAAAAGCCCCAUGGUCAGUACAAUUUCACCCCCACGUCAUGGGGUUUUGAUAGUGUUCAAAAGUGCCAUGAAACCACCAUCACCAUAGUCCGGUAAAUCCUAUGUAAAAAACCUGUUUUAAUCCACCUAGAGGUGCAAUUGUGCCUUUCUCAUUUCUCCAAACUAUGAUUUAAUAGCUGGUUCGUACAAUAUAACAUUAUGGAAAUGUCUUUCAUUCUUAUUACACUUAAGUAUAUAUAAGAGCACCUUUUUGCAUUCAUCGCGGUAUCGGUUUGAAUCGGAGUUUUCUGUGUGAUCGCACUCCACAACCCGUAGCUCCGGAGCCGGAAGUUGGAUGGAGAUGGAAUUUAAUAUCAGUUUCCGGGGACGGAACACCUUUCAUUUGAGACUAAGUUGAUCAAAUCGGUCUACCCAUUUUCGAGAAACCAAUAUAACCGUUAUUCUGAAUUUGGAUGCUUCCGGAUCCGUCGAUGGUGGCCAGUGUGGCCAAAGAGACUUUGAAUGACUGUUGGUGACCUAGAUCUACAAAUUCAACAGUUGUGUUUACAUUUUGGAAAAAAAUCCCCUUUUUACAUUCAUCGCAGAAUUCAUUGGAAUCAAGAUUUGCUGCGUGAUCGUACGUAUCACCCUGUAAUUCAGGAACCAGAACUCGGAUCCACACAAAAUUCAACAGCAGCUGAUGGACCUUCCAUUUAAAAUCAAGUUUGUCAAAAUCGGUUCAGAAAAUUCCGAGAAAUCGAUGUGGACAAAUCAACAAAUUUUGUUUUGUAACCAUACUCUUCAAAUCGUAAUCCGGAACAAGAUGUCGGUUGAAAAUGAAAUUCAAUAGCAACCUAUGGGAUGAUUAUACCUUUCAGUUGAAUCUUAGUUUGUAAAAAUCGGUUCAGCCAUCUCCGAGAAACCGAUGUGGACAUUUUGUUAACAAAUCCGCACAUACACACACAUACAUACAUACAUACAUACAUACAUACAUACAUACAUACACACAUACACACAGAUAUUUUGCGAUCUCGGCGAACUGAGUCGAAUGUUAUAUGAGACUCGGCCCUCUGGGCCUCGAUUAGAAAGUCGGUUUUUGGAGCAAUUGCGUAACCUUUCUAUAUAAGAAAGGCAAAAGAAUAAUAUUUAAUUAGCUUAAUAAGCAUGAGUUCAAUGUUAUCUUCAUGUGAUUAUAAUUUGGAAAGGUUGGUGGAAUGGGUUUGAACGUGUAGGGAAUGGGGGGUUAGUAGAGUGGGAGUGGAGGAUGCGUCAGAAAUCCAUCAUCUUAUUUCGGUAUACGGGGUGGAUGAAGGAAAUGCGGGCAUGAGGGUGGUCCAAGAGGAGGGGAGUGAUGAAGGAGGAAGGUGUAAGGACAAG